AUGGCAUCGAUGUCAUUCCGCGGCAAAAACGAAGGACUCCAGAUCGGAGAUAACACCGGCUCGGUCCUCCACUGGCCUCUAGUGCGACCGGAAACUCCACCGAGCCCUCUAUCAACUAUUCCGUUCCAUCGCGAUCCGGACUUUGUCAGUCGCGACAUCCUACUUCAUCGGAUCCAUGAGAAAAGCUCAGUGCCAGGGUCGAGAAUCGCGCUGGUUGGCCUGGGAGGUGUCGGAAAAUCUCAACUUGCCAUCGAAUACGGCUACCGGGUUCGGUUCGAGUCACCAGCAACAUGGGUCUUCUGGGUUCAUGCGAGCAACGAAGCCCGGUUCGAGCAAGGUUUCAGGGAUAUCGCAAACCAGGUUAAAAUUCUAGGUCGUCAGGAUCCUAAAGUUAACAUAUUCGCACUGGUUGAGAACUGGCUCCGGGAUGACAAUAGAGGAAAAUGGCUAUUAAUCCUUGAUAAUGUCGAUGACGAUCAACUUCUUUACCCAUUUUCAGUGGCAACCGAAAUGGAUCUGUGA